AUGAGUAAAUUAUCGUAGGUUUUGAAAUCUCACACAGAUGUCAACGGUGUCACCCUUUUUGAUCACAUUAACAGCUUCAUUAAUGAAGUCUUGUAAAGCAAUCACAAGGAUAUGAACUCAAUCGAACUCUUAUCGGAUUUCACAAAAAAAAAUAGAUUUCUUUUCAAAAAAUUGUCAUCUGAAAGUGAAGUAAAUAAUCUUAAAGACAAAAUCCCUGAAUUUGCGGAUUGGGUAAAGAGGGUUUCACAAUUACUGAAAGGUCAAACAGUUGCAUAAAUGCCUACUAUUUUAUAAGACUUUGUUUCAUCAGCCAGAUUGUUAGAAGCUGCAGGUUAUGGUUUUGGAGAGGAAGAAACCUACUAGAUCCAAUUAAGCAUUAAGUAAUUAAGUAUUGAAACUAAUGCAACUGAGAUGACAUUCUUUGGAAAGAUACUAUGUAGGAAUUCUGAUUAUUAUGUGGCCAGAGGAGUAGUCCCUAAAUUACCAACCGAUUAUUUAGCCCCUAAUGCUGAACCCAGGGGAGAUGGUGUAAAUUACUAUACUUUCUGGGUCACAAACGAUAUAUUGACUGAUUGGAAUGAAUUACCAUUGGUAACACCAGACUAAGUUAAAGUGGCUAGAGAAAUAAAAUAUGUUUGUACAGGAAAUUUGAAUUAAGAAUUAAAAACUUAUCCUCCUUUUCCUGGAAAAGAAAAACACUAUUUAAAAGCCCAAUUAGUAAGGAUUCUACAUGCUAAUCUAAUUGCACCAAAAGGACUUUAUCAAUAAAAAGAUGAUAAUCCUAAGGAAUUGGAAUUUGUAGAAGAUUUCAAAAUUCCAGAAUUUGCUGAGUUGUAAAAUCCAGACAGUUGGGUUCAUGUUCCUGCAUAAAUAUUAAAAUAAGGAAGAAUAACAUUAUACACAGAUGGAUUAUCUGAUGAUGAAUAAAAGGCUUUACUAGAGGCUAAUCCAGAUCUUGAUAGUGAAACAACAAGAUUAAAGGGAAUUGCUGAAGAUCGUCCACUCGAACCAUUUUAUCAAACUAAUUGGCUAAUUAAAACUUUCGGAGAUUAAAUGAUAUAUCCACCUAAAGACGAAAAUUCUGGCAACAAUGUCUAUGCAACUGUCAUACUUAAAAACUACACUUGGAGCGGGGCUGUUACAGUUGCCAAUCAAAAUCAAUGGGCUUUUUUUUAUGUUGGUUAUGGAUUCAAAGAUACACAAGCAGCUUAUGUGCCCAUCCAAAACAAUGACUUAUAAUUGGAACCAGAAGAUAAAUCAGAAUUUCCUGAACCAAAUCCUAAAAAUCCACCCAAACCCCCUGAGCCAGAAAAAGUUGAAGGUCAAGAUGGUUAAGAUGGAUAAGACUAGCAAGCUGAUCCAGAUGAUUAAUGAUUUAAAAUUAUGGCAAUUCAACAUCAA